AUGUGCGCAGCAUUCCACUCGAAAAUGAAGGACAGCAGUGGGAUUUCAAUGGAGGUCGAAAUCUUCAGCGUGCGCUUCGAGGACAGACACAGGCAGCAGGCUUUCUUUGUGGGAAUACGUGAGUUCGCUGAUGGCUACAAUGCAGUAGAUUUGACCGGGUGCCAAAGAUAUGGCGGGAGGAGGGGGAAUCAAAGCUUGUGCCGUGUCUCUGACAACAUCGUAUCGCCCUCCCUCCUUCCAGGAGUUGGCGCCGAUGCCUCGCACGCAGAAGAUGCUACAUCGACGUUUUCUGGCAUCAGUGAAGGCUCAGGUACAGACGCAACGACGGCUGUAUGGAUCGACUGGCUCUCUGCGGAGUAUACAGUAGUCAGUCAAUCUCUUGGUUUUCGAAUGACAUUCGGAGACGCCUCGGGGGGGCUACUGAGUUGGAUGGCGAUCGACGAACAAGAAGAAUUUGUGCGCUGGGCCCAGAUGGCUCGAUUCACACUGUCCCCCCAGGGCGAGCCUGCCGCGUACCACAAUCGCGUCACGAUUUUCUACCCGAGGUUCCGCGAGCAGAACCUGUCCGCGUCGGCGUUGGUUGAAAUGGAUCUCGUGGACUUGCAUCAGGGCUCCAACUCGGGCUCAGCUCCUACGUGCGUCUGCGGCGAGAAUAUGUGCAGGAACUCGGACGCGCCCGAGGAGAGCAGCAGCUACGUUUGCGACUGGUGCGGCAGUGAGGACCUGGAACAGACGAGGCGGUGGUGCUGCAGGCAGUGUUCGAGGAACGUCUGCCUUACUUGCCAUAACCUUCCAAAGGACAUCGUCAGGCUCGUGUUGCUUGACAUCCGGUGGGCCAGAGGUACCCGCAGCAGGGACAAGCGCGCACGACGCCAGAGACCAUCCCAAGCAGGUCUUCGAGGGCGUCCGUCAGAAGAUCAACCUGCCACGGUGUUUGGCAACCGUAUCUUGCUCUGA